UGUUAUAUGCUCAGAUGGUAGGCCAAAGGUUCCAGCCGCCAAAACCUUUCAAACUUCCUCACAAGGCUUCCAAUGAGUAUCAAGCCGCUGAACUAGGAAUGAAAUUGGCAUGUGGGUUCGAGAUACUGUGCACAGAUAAGUAUUUCGCCGAAUCGCAAACCAAAUCCGACGAUUUGGACACUGAGAAAUACCCUUUUGAUUUGGACUCAUCGUGGCGAGCGUUUCACGCCAAUCUAUUAUCGCGUAGUUAUUAUCGCGGUGAAAUACCGGGAUCUAAAUUGUACAAACAGUUGGACGAUGUUGCUAAGAAACAAUUCUUGCAAAAUAAAAGCCAACCGAUUUCAACCUACGAUGAAAUAAAAAUCUCUUCUUCUCCAGUAGAACAAAUUAACGAAAUACUGAGUAGACCAUUAGUCUCAGAUGAAUUACUGACAGCGGACAAGAUACAGGAUGACGAUUCGUGGUUGAACGUUGAUCCAAAACAGUUGGAGGACUUGCUUGAAGCAACAAAAGGUCAUAUGGGGUAUAUGGAUUAUGAACAACCAAAAGAAGGCAAUUCAGACGACGAAUUAAAUGUAUUUGAUUUAACAAACAUGAUCGAUAAACUGGAGAGUUUUAUGGACGAUGAAGUUGCGGGUAUCGAAGGUGCCGAGUUUAACGACGAACAUGACUCUGAUGAAGAUUUUGAAGAUUUCGGUAUUAAUGGAAAUGAUCAAAUUCAAUUUGAGCCCACCGAGUUCCUAAGAAUAAUGCGGCAAACGUUGGGGAUUACGGAUGAGGAAUAUAGAGAAUUGGCAAAUGCAAAGAUAAAGUUACAACAAGAUGAACUGGAACAAUACGCAAAAGAUCAGUCACAGUACACCACCACCGGAGCAUCACAAAGUGCCAAAAUCACAGAGCUAGCCGAUGACGACAUGGAAACAUAUUUCCAAGCUCUAGAUGCUGAACUAUCGUCAUCGAAAGUAUAUGAAUCAUUCGUUCGCUCACCAGGUCAAAUACUUGGAGACAGUGAAACGGAUCUUGGAGAUAAUCUAAACGUGAAAAAUGAUGAGAAUAAUGAUAGCGACGAAGAGUUGAAUAAACCUGUUGACAUUAAUUUAAACUUGGCAAAGAAUAUUUUGGAAAGUUUUAAAUCACAAGAAGGAUUGCCGGGGCCUGUAGGAAAUAUGCUGGGAAGAAUGGGUGUUGGUGUGAUUCCCGUGGAUUCGGAUGAUGACGAUGAUUAUGUGGAGUCUUCCGAUGAAGAUGAAUAG